GAACUACAGUUCCCUUGUAUCUAGUAAUUAAAUUGCAUUCGUCUUGCAUUUCUCGUUUAUUCAUCGCAUUAUUCAUUUUGUAGUUACUUCAACUGUUAAUAUUAUUUGAUAUAGAAAAGGGCAAAUAAGAUAAUGUCUCAACCGUCGAAAAAUCCCCCAUCGUACGAGGAGGUAAUGCAAACAUCUACAGACACUCCUCCGCAAGGAUCCCAAGGUAAAUAUACCAAUCCAAAUGUUGGAAUUACUGAAGGUGUAAAUCCACAACAGCAAUAUUAUAUGCCACAAGCUCCUCCUCCGCCCUUGGCGCCGGGAUAUCAAGUGCCAAUGUAUGGAGCAUUCGAAACUACUCCAGUGAGUGUGGUCAUACAACCGCCUCCUAUUACACAAACGCCCAACAUUAUUGUCGUUGGUGGCUGUCCAGCUUGUCGCAUUGGGAUUUUGGAGGAUUCAUAUCCAUGUUUGGGUCUUCUAUGUGCCCUUGUCUUCUUUCCAGUUGGCAUUCUAUGCUGUUUGGCCAUGAAGAACAAGCGCUGUUCGAAUUGUGGAACGGAAUUCUAAAAGAUAUAACUUGCAUAGACUUAAUUAACAUUAUCCAUAGCAGGGAUAUAUUACAACGUCCAUGCAUUUUUAUUAAAUAAUAUAUAACUCCCUUUUUACACCAAGCUUUAAAUGUUUUACAAUUAUGAAGAAAAAUAAUUUAUCGAAUACAAUCGAUAAAGACAUACAAAGGCUUUUUAAAAGCCUCUAAAUAUCCUAACAUGUUUAUAUUUUAAUUACAUAUUAAAGUCGCUUGCAAUCCUUAUCAAACAUUUUUAUGUGCAUAAAAAUAUCGAUGGUAACACCAAAUAUUAUCAGCAAAUUCUUAUGUUAUUAUAUUAUCUAUUAUAUACAUAAAAAUAUUUUUUUGGGGUACAGUCGAAUGAAAAAUUAUAAAUUUUUGGUCGAUUAUUUUUUUGUUUGCAUCAUAAAUGUCUGCUGACCAAAGACGUCUGAACCAUUUAAUAAUGUUUUUUUUUUUAGCCUUUUAAGCAUUUAGUAUUAAUGAAUGUUGAUAAAUGAAUUACAAUAAAUAUGAAGCCCAAAUACAUUGUCUUUCAA